AGCCAUAAAGAAGGCUCCACACACACAGUCGUCUGGAAGGAAUGAGACAGCUGAAACAGCGACACAGAGACUUUUGGCCACUUCUGUGCGCUCUGUGUAACUUGGAUGCUGGGGAAAUGAUAGACAUGCUUAACGACAUGCCCCUCCAUGCAGCAAAAAUACAAAUGAUCUGACUCAUAUUUGAUUAUUAGAGUCUCUGCUGGAAGCUUUUUUUCCCCCUUCAGAAUAUGACUGACGCUGCCAAAGGUGAUGGCUUUUUUUGUAACUUUUUAAAACUUUUAAAUAUAAAUGAAACUGUCAGAAGUUGAUGGAGAGCAAUAUUUAUCAUUUUUACACAGUCUACUUUUUAUUUAUACUUUUUUAUAUGAAUGAUGCUAAAGUUGACUGACAUGAUGUUUGUGUUUGGACACCUCAGAUGUAAGUGGUGCAUAGUUAAUGACUGCAGACAGACCGUUAAAAACUAGAGAAGACAAGCAGAGGUGAUUAUUUUUUGAUUAAUUUUGAGCGACCAGUUGAGAAAACUUAGAGGAGCGUGCACGAGUCUUAGUUUUGUUUUUGUUGUUUUUUUAAUCAAUGAGGAUCACUUUGAGCGGAUUCAUGAGAGUCACUUCUCCACAAGUGUCCCUUGAAACUUUGCCAAGACUUUUCCUCUCCGUGGAGCGGUACCAGAGCCGCCGGAGCUGACCGCAUCCUUUCUCAAGGACGAACGAGAGGACAACAGCUGCUUUCAAGAUGAUGUGUCAAAGAGUCCUCAUCUACCUGCGGAUUUUCGGGACAACCAUGUUUGGCGUGUCCCUCCUGGUAGGCAUCUCCACGGCCUACAUCAUGGGCUACCAGUUCUUCACCACAGCCCGCAAUCACCUAUCCUUUGGCCUGUACGGAGCCAUCUUGGUUGUCCACCUUAUUAUCCAGAGCCUCUUUGCGCUCCUAGAACACAGAAACAUGCGUCGGUCCUUAGAGACGCCAAUCAAACUGAAUAAAUCCUUGGCAUUGUGCAUCGCAGCGUACCAAGAGGAUCCCAACUACCUGAGGAAAUGCCUGGUGUCGGUGAAGAGGCUGACGUACCCGGGGAUCAAAGUGAUCAUGGUGAUUGACGGGAACUCAGAUGAUGAUUUGUACAUGAUGGAGAUUUUUAAAGAGGUGAUGGGAUGGGACAAAUCGGCCACCUAUGUGUGGCGGAGCAACUAUCACAACAGAGGGCCUGAGGAGACAGAUGAGAGCUACGCCGAGAGCCUUCAGCAAGUCUCCAGGCUGGUGUUGACCAACAAGUGUGUGUGCAUCAUGCAGAAGUGGGGAGGGAAGCGAGAGGUCAUGUAUACAGCCUUCAAAGCACUGGGAAGGAGUGUGGACUAUGUGCAGGUGUGUGACUCUGAUACCAUGCUGGACCCAGCAUCAUCGGUGGAGAUGGUGAAGGUUCUAGAAGAAGACCCAAUGGUGGGAGGUGUUGGAGGAGAUGUACAGAUCCUAAACAAAUACGAGUCAUGGAUCUCCUUCUUGAGCAGUGUACGGUACUGGAUGGCCUUCAACAUUGAACGGGCUUGCCAGUCCUACUUUGGCUGCGUGCAAUGCAUCAGCGGCCCUUUAGGAAUGUACCGAAACUCCCUCCUGCAUGAGUUCCUCGAGGACUGGUACAAUCAGACCUUCAUGGGAUCCCACUGCAGUUUCGGGGAUGACCGUCAUCUCACAAACAGAGUUCUCAGCCUUGGGUAUGCUACCAAAUACACAGCACGAUCAAAGUGCCUCACUGAGACGCCAAUUACCUACUUGCGGUGGCUCAAUCAACAGACUCGAUGGAGUAAGUCUUAUUUCAGAGAGUGGCUAUAUAACUCCAUGUGGUUCCACAAGCACCAUCUAUGGAUGACUUAUGAGGCUGUGAUCACAGGCUUCUUUCCAUUUUUCCUCAUCGCCACUGCGAUCCAACUCUUCUACCAAGGAAGGCUGUGGAAUAUUCUUUUAUUUCUACUCAUCGUGCAGGCAGUGGCACUGAUCAAGUCAUCAUUCGCCAGCUGCCUCAGAGGUAACAUUGUCAUGGUGUUCAUGUCGUUCUAUUCUGUACUGUACAUGUCAAGCCUGUUGCCAGCCAAAAUGUUUGCAAUAGCAACAAUCAACAAGUCCGGAUGGGGGACCUCUGGGAGGAAAACAAUAGUGGUGAACUUCAUUGGUCUGAUUCCUAUAUCAGUUUGGUUCACCAUUCUCUUCAUUGGGAUUAUUUACACAAUAAUCCUGCAAACUAGAAAACCUUUUCCUGAAUCAGAAAAGAUUGUUCUGAUCAUAGGGGCAGUCGUCUAUGCCAGUUACUGGGUCAUACUGUUGACGUUGUAUGCAGUGCUCAUUAAUAAGUGUGGGAAGAGGAAGAAGGAAACACACUAUGAUAUGGUGCUGGACGUAUGACUUACAGUCAUUGUUUACCACUGAACUCUCUUUUUGGGUUGUUUUCACUCACACAGUGUUGUUGUUAUGCAAAUGUUUUUCAGAUGCAGAGCAGGUCUGGAGGCAAAAUUGUUUGAGUUCAACCAAAAUGGGCAAAGAACUGGAGUUUAUUCACACUUGGAUGACACAAAUAUAAAUGGCAGUGACUGCUUUCUUUGUUCAUUCAUGAUGAUAGCAUUCAUGAUCUUGGAACAUCACCAUGAUAGCUAAUUAACUUACCUAAAUUACUUUCACCCUAAUAUGUUUAGCUGAAUAUCAGCUAGUGUAAGCUAAUUAGCCAACCUAGGUAACUCAGUAUUGCAAGAUUACAUAUAUUGGCAGUUGGCAGCAACAGUGCUAUAGGCUUUGUAAUAUAAGCUACCUCUCACCCUUGUCAUUUUCACUGGGCUUCAGUCUAACAUUACCAACAUAGCCAAAGAAAUUUCGGAUCCACCCACUGGGGUUUAACUUGAACCAUAAAAAUAUUUUACCUCCAGAGCCUCAUUGUGUCUCUAGAAAUGUUUGUACACCCUUAACUAGAAACCAAUCUAUAUAUUGCCCCCGCCAAAUGGGAGACAAAAGACUGCAAGUAUAUUUCUACACAACAUUGAAGAUUAUAUUCCUAACUGUGUAAGUUAUUGAGAGAGGCUAUGGGAAUCACUAUCUGAUUAAUGUAAUCCAUAAUUUUCUGGAUGGUCUGUGUGGUGAGGUUGGCCAUUUUACCAUUAAAAAUAAACACAAAAAUGCACAAGAAGUUAAACCACAUAUGUUUAAUGAUUUAAUGUUCAGUUGUUACUUCUGAGGUAAAGGCAUUGGUGUACCUUUCCAGUGUCUUAAAAUCUCCCUUAGGAAGAGCUACAGUAUCAAUUUACGAAGAGUGAAAAUUUGCAGAAAGGACUUCAACAUGGAGACCUGCUCUCUUUCUUUUGUUGCAGUCAUGUCAUAUGGGAAGAUGCGAACUUCCUUAUAGUCUUCAUGCAUGGUAAAUGUGUUUUUAAUGCAUCUAUUUCAACCAAAGAUAGUAUCAUUUAAGUCAGUACAUAAUUGCAACUCUUAUGCUAGUGCAGUUAUUUGUUGUUAUAGGUUGUGUUUGUGGGUGACAUUACAGUGUUUGAUUUGCUGUUUUAAAUGAAUCAAAAUACAUCACUCAGGUGCAUGUAUCUUGAAUGUGAAAAGGUGCAAGAUCCUUAGAUAUAUCCAGUCAUGGUAUUAAAAGGCUACAAAUCUAUUCUGUUUGAAUGUGUGGAUACUUCCAAGUCUUGUCCUUGGACAAUCAAUCAUUCCCAUAUGACGUGAAUGCAGUAUUUUCCUCAACGUUUACAAAGUGAAGAAUCUCAAACUGGUCACCAAUUGGUAGAUAUAAUCUCCACCAGAUCAGGUGACCAGGUGAACAUGUGACCAGAAGAGAGACAAUGUAUCAUUGCUGCUGUGACUGUUUUAUUUUUACAGAAACAAUGACCUUUUUUUCUUUUUUAAAAUAUGAAUUAUGGGUGUAUUUUGCAAAAUGCUUUUAACACUAUUGUUGUUCUCGCUACCAAGUUGAAUGAUAACCAGCGAGCAGAUACAGCGGACAUGUUCCAAUCCAAAGGUUUAGUGAAUUUUUUGCCUUCCACAAGCCCUUGCUCUCUUCCUUCCUUCACAUACUGUAUUGACUGUUCUGCUUCCUUGCAUUGUGUUGAACGAUCUGCAAGGGGAGUAAUUAAAUGUUAGAAAAAGUGUACCUAAUGUGGGAAAAGUACUACCUGAUAAUAAGAAUGUCAAUAGGGGCGCUUGAUGGAAGGAAAGAGCAUUUUGGAAUGAAAUAAGCCCAGUUUUUGCUAUAGGUCAGGAGCAGACAUGAGUUUAAUUCUUAUGCACUUUUAUGUCUCUCCUGUCGUCCAGUGUGAUGCUUGACGUAAUCAAGAUGAAAUACCUCAGUGGUUCUCUUUGCAUUGCAUCAAGGCGUCAGGGUGCCGUCCAAAGACUGAUGCAUUCUGAAGGUCUCAAGUAAUUUAUGAUCUGUUUGUGAUAUUAAAUAUAAACAUGUCCUUUUUAUAUACAGUUCCUUAAUAAGUCAAAGCUGGAUCUCUCUGCCUUGUUGGCCUUUUGCUGUAGCCGUUUACUUAUUGUUACCUUGUAUUUCAAUGCAUUUUUAUAUAGACAUUUUUAUAUUCUAUUUUUGCUUAGCUUCCAAAGAUUCUUUAUUUUCAUUCAUGUUUUUAUAAGAAAAAUGGAAAAAUUUAUUUGUUGUGCUUUCAACUGUUCUGACAGUGACUUGUAUAUCUGACCAAACAAUGUGAAAUUAUGAGCUGGGGGUUUUGUCUGCAAUAACAGCAAUAAAAAUGCAAUUUGUAGGGAUAAGUUAUUGAUUUCAAGAGAUAUGAUGAACCUGUGUUUUUGUACUUUGUACCUAGAUAGAAAACCAGCAUAUUUAUGUAAGAACAUUCUGUGGUUUAUAGGAUUCUGUACUUAGUAAGAUGUCCUCUGGUAUACAUGUAAAACCCUUAAGGUUCCAUAUGCCUCAAACACUGCAAAAACAAUAAAUAUAUUAGAAAUGAUUUUUAAUAUAUACAGCAAGAGAACGUAACUGCUAAACUUUGUUUUAAUUGCUUGUUUUUUUGCAGUCUUGAAACCAUAUGGAGUCAUGUCUCCUAUGUUCUUACUACAAUGGACAAUAAAUCCAAGGCAGACUGAAAACUUUCAACCAAAACCAUUUCUAAAACAUUUGCACAAAAUCUGCAAAUUAUGUAUGUUUAAAAGUUGUGAAGUGCCACACUAAGCAAUUACAAAAGAAAAACGGGCAACAUUUUCAUACAGUUUUAAGGAGAGGUUCUACUACAAGGUUUUAAUGAAUGGAACCAACAAUUGAACCAUGAGGUCGUUUUCAUGCCAAACUUGUCAAGGGCAGUGUUAUCAUAAAGCACUUUUGU